CGCACCUAUAUAAAUACUCCUUUCCCCCCUGUUUCACAUCACAUCUCAUCUUCUCGACUCUCGUCUUUCUUUCUCUACAUUUUCAUUUAUUAUCUCUGUAAAGCUCAGCAAAAAUGUCGGGAAGAGGAAAAGGUGGAAAAGGUUUGGGAAAGGGUGGAGCCAAGAGGCACAGAAAAGUGUUGAGGGAUAACAUUCAGGGAAUCACAAAGCCGGCAAUUCGUCGUUUGGCUCGUAGAGGUGGAGUUAAGAGAAUUAGUGGUUUGAUUUAUGAAGAAACUCGUGGUGUUUUAAAGAUCUUUUUGGAGAAUGUGAUUCGUGAUGCUGUUACUUACACCGAGCACGCUAGAAGGAAGACUGUUACUGCUAUGGAUGUUGUUUAUGCCUUGAAGCGUCAAGGAAGGACUUUGUAUGGUUUUGGUGGUUAGAUUUAAAUUGGGGAUUUAGGGUUUCUGGAUGGCUAGUUAUAAGUUUGAUUUUGUGAAAUUAGAAGGUGGAAACUAUGAUGUGCAGAAUGAGAUUUAGUCGAUUUUAGCAUAUUUUGUUAUGUUGAGUUAGGUUAUAAUGGUGGUGUUUCAAUGUAAUUGAUGCUUAUGGAUUUCAAUUAAUCUAUAUUGUUUCAUCA